AUGGCGGACGCGAUGGUGGAGGAGUCGGCAACAACAACGCGUUCGGGACGCGUGAUAACACCCUCAACAAGGGCCCGAGAGGCCUCGGGCAGUGAUAAUAUCAGCGCCGUUAGAACAUCCAAGAAAUCAAUGACCCAAGUAGAAUUAACAGCAGUAAAGAAAGCCGCUGGCCUUAUUGAGGAAAAACAGAGCGGCAAAGAUGGAAACAGGGACAUGCUUAAAAAGAUAGGCCAAUACCUGGAAAGCACCUAUCAAGAGGUCAAAGGACUAAAAGAAGUCCUUAUUAAACAAGAGAAAAUGAUCAAGGAACAGUCUAAAAUGAUCCAGGAACAGAGCAGUACAAUUCAAGCGCUGCAGACCCAACUGUACCCAGUUAAAAUCGACAACGCUAACCAAACUGUAAUCCUGGAUAGGGACAGCAAUGUCCUACCAGGAGCAAUUAAGACCCUAGGAAAAGAGAACAAUGUUGAUAUUGCCAAGAUUUCCUGGCUUAGCAAGAAGGACACCAACAAAGCAUAUGGAUCUAUGGUGGUAUAUGUCACUAAAUGGACAGAUGCCAAACACCUAAUAGAAGGCAACUACUUCGAUAUAGGAGGGGAAUCCGCAUACACGCGAAUCUUUAAACCAUAG